CUCCGCUCGGACAGCUAGCUCCACGUCGCGACUUCUUCCUUCCCUUGCCCGUUCUCUCCUUCUCUCCCCUUGCCACUCAGCAUGUCACGCAGACCAGCUGCGGGCGUGGCAGACCGCCAUGCGCUCCUAGCGGGCGGCGCAUACCCGUCAUCGUCCUCUCCAACGCCGUCCCAGCUCAAUAGGAACGGCACGCUGAGCCCCGGCGGCGGCGCUGGCGGUGCUCACCUUCAACCUCGAACGGCCUCUCCAUUCGAGCAGCCCUAUUCCCACUACUCAACCGGGACGCCUUAUGCGCCCUCGUCAUCCUACAACACCUCAGACCCGUACUCUGAGUACGACCGCGGAGCGCCAAAGAAGGAAGGGCAGCCGGGCGGCGGCGGCGGGGGUGCGUUCGGAAGCUUCCUGAGCAGCAUCGGCGCCAGGACGGCCGAGGACCUCGAGGAGCAAAAUGACGAGCGGUUAGAGGGGCUCAGCACCAAGGUCAAGAUGCUCAAGGAUAUCACGCUGGGGAUAGGCAACGAAGUCCGCGACUCUACCAAGGACCUUGAUUCUCUUUCCGAGGCAUUCUCCAACACGUCGGCCUUUCUCGGCAACACCUUUUCGCGCAUGAAUCGCAUGGCCCGACGCCAGGGAGGCUGGUUCUGCAACAUGAUGAUCUUCCUCAUUCUUGUCAUCUGGAUCUUUGUGAGCAGGCAAUCUUUGUACUCGAAUGAGGCGAAAGAAGCAAAGCUGAUCAUUCUGCCGUGCUCAGAUCUUUCUCUGGUGGUGGAGACGGUAGCCUUCCCUCUUGCUUAUCACGGUUUCACAUUCACAAAAUUCGUAUAA